AUGUUGCGGCUCAACAAGAUGGAAGUCAAGUACUUUAUCAUCGGACUGAUCGGCACAUGUGUGGCUGGUAUCUCCAUGCCGGCCUCUGCGCUGCUAGUUACGGGAAUGAUCACCUCCAUGACGGAGCAGUACGGACAGUACCAUAGUUCCGGCGACAGUUCCCACUUGACCACAAUGUACAACGACGUGGAGCUGUAUGGCAUCUUGUACCUCGUCGGUGCUGCGAUUGUCGCGAUCUUCACGUUCAUGCAGGUGUACUGCUUUAAGUUUAUGGAGGAGAAGAUCACUACAAGGCUGCGUAACACGAACUUCUCGGGUCUGUGCCGUCAGAAUGUCGGCUUCUUCGACGAGAAGGAGAACGCGACGGGCGCUCUGACUGCUGAUCUGGCCACAAACCCCACCAAGGUGUCUCUGUUGUCUGGCGAGUCGCAUUGGCUGCUGUCUCUCAUCAUGUUGGCUCUGCUCCCUUUCCUGCUCUUCGGCCAUGUCGUACGUAUGAAGCAGAUGGAGAGCAGUGGCUUGAUCUCCGACGACUUGGCUAUUCCUGAAGAAGUCGGUGGAUGUCUUCGAUGA